AAAGAAUUAGAAAAUUGAGAAAUAUUUUGAUUGAUAAUCGUCGUAAACAAAGAUUAGACACACAAACUAGUCAUCCAUACUAUGAUUAAGCUGAUUGAGUCACUAAAAACAUCCAGUCAGUAAAAAUGAACAAAAAGCCCCAUGUGACAAAGCGAAAAUGCGCUAAAAAUUGACAAAGGAUCAUGCGCACAAGAACUACUAUAUUUUUCGAAAGAAAAUAUAGUUUUCAUCAACAGCUUUUGUUAAAAACGAAUUAAUUUUUGUUAAAUGAGUUACAAGCGUUUUUGAUGAUCAGUGAUUGUUGUAAAAAGUUAUAAAGUCUUCCUUUUCCUGCUCGUAAUCAUUAAAGUAUCUCUCGCAAAUGUUGUGGAUUGCCAUAAAUAAUUUAAAACAAGUUUUCAAAUAAAAAUGAAAUAGGAAAACAAGAAACAUAUUAUAAAGCCCUCUUUGGAUAACAUGCAACACUUAUUUAAUGAAAACUUAGAGGCACUCACUCAGGCUUCUUUGAUUUUCAUCUUGGGUGUCAUUAUCAUAUUAUCGAAUCUAAUCGUGAUUGCUACAUUUAUCAACUUUAGGGGACCUCAAGAGGUUAUUAACAUUUAUCUUCUAUCGCUAGCAUUUGCGGACUUGAUUUGUGGUCUUGUGAUUGUUCCUCUUUCCAUCUAUCCAGCUAUUCAAUCAGCUGAACCAGGUUUUAAAGAGCAAGACACAUGGGUGUACGGACAUUUAGCAUGUCGAAUCACAGGAUAUGUAGAAAUCACACUCUUUUCAAUAUCCAUGUUUACCUUCAUGUGGAUUUCUGUCGACAGAUACUUAGCUGUACGUAAGCCUUUAAGAUAUGACACCGUUCAGACGAAAACGAGAUGUCAAUGUUGGAUGUGUUUCACAUGGAUAUCAGCAGCAAUGCUUUGUUGUCCGAGUCUUUGGACUGAGGCACAUCCUAAUUUCGAUAAAAAUGCAUACAUUUGUACACCGAAUUGGCAUGAUAUGGCAGCAUAUUCUGUCACUUUAGCGAUUCUUGUGCUUGGUCCGAGUAUAAUAUCGAUCGUAUAUAAUUAUGGAUAUAUUUUUUCAAUGAUGCGUAAAAUUAAGAGUGGAGUGCCGAUUCAUGAUAAAGAGUAUGCAACAGCACUCGCAGAAAAUCUAGCUAAUCCAAGUCAUGUGAUGUCUUUCAUUUUAGUAUUUCUUUUUGCAUUAAGUUGGAGUCCAUACGUUGGAAUACGAAUCUAUCAGGAAAUUACAGGUGUUAAUAUCGAUGAUUCUAUAAUCCUAUUCGGAGCUGUUUGGAUAGGAGUAUUUAAUUCAUUCUGGAAGAUAAUAAUUAUGUCCUUAAUGUCGCCGCAAUUCCGAUUGGCACUUCGUAUAUUUUUCCUAACAAUUUGCUGUAGAACACAGGGUAGAUUACAAGCUGAAAUAUUAGGAUUAGAUCCAGAUGAUUAAUUCCACUAUUCUACACUAUAAAAAUUGAUUUAAAAAAUGCAAAUAACACAAAGCAAAAAAAAUCACAAAAAGCAUCACUCUUCAUGCAUAUUAUGAAUAUACAGCAACAGCAGCAACAAUAACAUAAUUUUGACGAUCUCAUUCGAGUGGAUUACUGUCAUUCUCAUUCAGGAUUAGAUUAUGAAGCUUUUUAGGGAUGUUUCUUUGUGAUAAAAGCUCUAAAUUCAAAACAUCUCAUUGGGAACUGCCCAAAAACUUUCAGAUUUUAUCGUUUUAUGAUAAAAAAUGAGUUAAUUUUUAAUUAUUGAGCCAGUGUCGUCAGUAAACAUUCCUAAUAGUUCUUCAAAUCUCAAUUAAAAAAUAAUCAAAAUGGAGACGUAUCUAAUGAAGGAAUUAUAGUCAAAGCACUUGCAGGCCUAUAUUAUAGUGAGCAUUAGAAUAACCAAUCUAGUUAGAAAGCUUGCGGAUAGCUUAAUAAUAAAAGUCAAACGAGCUUGCAAUAAUGUUUGGAGAUUUUAAACAGCUAGAACUGCCGAAAAGUGUAAAUUAACAAAAUUUCUUGAAUAUUAUGCAAUUCAGGUGAUUUCAACGAGAUAGUUAUCAGGAUCUAUCAUAAAUGACGUCAAUUCCCCUCCUUUCUGUUUCAUACAAAAAUAAUAAUUAUAUGUAUGAAGUGUCACUCAGCCUCACACCCCCAUUCCUCACACGUUAGACGUCAUUUAUGAUCGAUCCAGUUAUUAAGGCCAAUCAAAUAAGGAGUUUAAAAUAAGUUCAUUAAUAUCUGCUCCAGUGAGGUCGAUCAAAUAAUUUUUAGACAUUUAUUUUUAUGCUCAAAAACUCUAAGAAAAAAUUUCAAAAAAGGGAAUUUAAAGUGAAAAAUAAAAUUACCGUCGAAACUAUUUUAAAAAGUCA